AUGUUAGACCUGGUACCGUUCAAUUGGGGAUUCAUUCAGAUUGGUUAUAACGGGGCGGAUAUGUGUGAAGCGUAUGUACUAAAUUUAAUGAGUAUUGAACGUAAUGGAGGAAGAUUUGAGUCAUCGCCAAACGGUUGCAAUGGUUGGUUUUCUCCUUCUCUUUCGUUUUGUUCUGGCGAAGAUAGAUCGCUGGACGAAUGCGCCAUGUUCUUUUCUGCGUUAAAUGGCGAAACUUAG